AACUAACACCUGAUUUAUCCACUUUGGUUUCUCUCAUUCUUAAGUCUCUCUUUCUCUCUUCUCUUCUUCAAAACUAAACUAUCAUCAAGAACUCUCUUCCUCAUCCUCCUUCUUCCUUUAAUUUGUCCCUCUCUAUCUCUCUCUCAAUUGGGGGGAAAAAAAGAAGAAGAUCAAGAUGGAAAUGGAGUCAUGUGUUCCUCCAGGUUUUAGAUUUCAUCCAACAGAGGAAGAACUUGUUGGAUACUACCUCAAGAGAAAGAUUAACUCCCUCAAGAUUGAUCUUGAUGUCAUCACUGAUAUUGAUCUCUACAGAAUGGAGCCAUGGGAUAUCGAAGAUAAAUGUAAAUUGGGAUAUGAAGAACAAAGUGAGUGGUAUUUUUUCAGCCACAAGGACAGGAAAUAUCCGACAGGAACUCGAACAAAUAGAGCGACAGGUUCUGGAUUCUGGAAGGCAACAGGAAGGGAUAAGGCAGUGUUAUCAAAGGAGAAGAUAAUAGGGAUGAGAAAGACACUUGUUUUCUAUAGAGGAAGGGCUCCUAAUGGUAGGAAAAGUGAUUGGAUCAUGCAUGAAUAUCGUCUACAAACUUCCCAACAUGGACCUCCUCAGGAAGAAGGAUGGGUCGUAUGCAGGGCAUUCAAGAAGCCAAGUCCAGCAAACAACAAUUAUGCUUAUAAUAACUAUAUGAGAGGAACCAACACAAGUUAUACUACUAGACCACCUCCCUCCCUUUCACAAAUGCCAACUACUACAAUGCAUUAUAAUAAUCCUCUCAAUGCAUUCAACCAAACAUCAAAUUUCAAUCAAUUCCCUUUUAAUCACCAUCAAGAUCUCAUUUCAAGCCAAAUUUGCUAUGAGAAUCAACUAGCAAUUGAACUUCCACAACUUGAUAGCCCCACCAUUUCAACAAGUUUGGCUACAAAAGAUCAUCAAGGCCAAAAUUCCGUGGCCAGCAACAAUGAAGAAGAGAAGAAUAGUUACGGAAAUAAUAGCCAAUUUUGUGAUGAGUGGAAUAUCGACGACAAGUUAUUUGCACCACAAGUCAUGAAUAUUGAGGCACCAUCUUCUUCUUAUUCUUUCCCUAAUUUUCCAUUAGUUAUCACUCGCGACGAUGAUCAAAAUCAUAUUAGCCAAUUGCUUCAGUGUUACCCUGAUUUAUAGCUUUAUAUGAGUAAUAGUUUUUGUACCUUUUUAAUUGAAACAAAAGAAGAAGAAGAAGAAGAAGAAGAAGAAGAAGAAGAAGAAGAAGAAGAAGAAGAAGAAGAAGAAGAAGAAGUUUGUGAAAUUUGAAGUAAAAAGCAGCUGAGUCUGAAGGAAAAGGUGGAACAUAUAUAUAGAAGAAAAUGUGGAAGGUGCAAGGCACGUUAAAAAAGUGGCCUUUGAGAAUUUUUAGUUGUUUAACUACCAAUUGACUGUAUUCAGAUAUUCUGCAACUGUGAAUUGAUGUUGUUUGUAUCUACUGAUCGGACAAGCUUAAAUUUUUGUCCUUUCAAUGUUGUUCUUUUUUCCUUAGAGUUUGCUUCAUUAUUAUGAUUUGGAUGUUUAUCUUUUGCUAAAGCUGAGAAAAACCAUACUCAGAUUAUAUAGUUGAGAUGCUUUCAUGCUAUGGUCACUCAUAGGUGAUUUAUUCA